AUGGUGGCGUUCGCUGUCAUCAUCUCCGUGAUGAUGGUGAUCACUGGAUCACUGAACACUAUCUGUGCAAAGUGGGCAGACAGCAUCAAGGCUGAAGGCGUGCCAUUCAACCAUCCGUUCCUUCAAGCGACGUGUAUGUUCUUCGGAGAGUUUCUUUGUCUCGUUGUAUUCUUCUUGAUCUUCGGAUACAAAAGAUACGUCUGGAAUCGAUCCAAUGUUCAAGGAGAAAGCGGCAGUAUCACGGAGAUAACCACCGAAGAGAAGCCGAUUCUGCCUCCAUUCAAUCCCUUCCUCUUCUUCCCACCAGCUCUUUGCGAUAUCCUCGGAACAUCUAUCAUGUAUAUUGGACUCAAUUUGACCACCGCUUCAAGUUUCCAAAUGCUUCGUGGAGCUGUUAUCAUCUUCACCGGUCUUCUUUCCGUUGGUAUGCUCAACGCACAGAUCAAACCAUUCAAAUGGUUCGGCAUGCUCUUCGUUAUGCUCGGACUUGUGAUUGUUGGAGUCACUGACAUAUACUACGAUAGCAACCCACUCGACGAUAAAAAUGCCAUCAUCACUGGAAAUCUGCUCAUUGUCAUGGCUCAGAUUAUUGUCGCAAUUCAAAUGGUGUACGAACAAAAGUAUCUUACCAAGUACGAUGUCCCAGCUCUUUUCGCUGUUGGAUUGGAGGGACUUUUCGGAAUGGUCACUCUUUCCCUUUUGAUGGUUCCAUUCUAUUAUAUUCAUGUGCCAAAGACUUUCUCUACUAACCCAGAAGGAAGACUCGAAGAUGUAUUCUAUGCCUGGCAAGAAAUCAAGGAAGAACCAACUAUCGCUCUCGCUCUCCUCGGAACUGUCAUCUCAAUUGCUUUCUUCAAUUUCGCCGGAGUUUCCGUCACCAAAGAACUGUCAGCUACAACCAGAAUGGUUCUCGAUUCGAUCCGUACUCUCGUCAUCUGGGUUGUUUCUAUUCCACUCUUUGGCGAACAAUUCAUUGCUAUCCAGCUCUCUGGAUUUGCUAUGCUCAUUCUCGGAACUCUCAUUUAUAACGAUGUGCUUAUCGGUCCAUGGUUCCGCCGCAACAUUCUUCCCAACCUCAGCUCUCAUGCCAACUGUGCCCGUUGCUGGUUGUGCAUUUGCGGUGGCGAUUCUGAGCUCAUCGAGUACGAGCAGGAAGAUCAGGAGCACCUCAUCGAAGCUUAG